AUGACUAGAUGGGAUAAUUUACACGAACGUUAUUUUAAUUAUUUAGCUACGUUAUCAUUUGAUAAAGCAAAAGAACUUUUAGAAAAAGAUGGAAAUAAAAUGAAUAAUGAUUUUGUACAAUAUUUUCAUAUGUUAGUACAAUUUGAACGUAGUUAUCAUAAUUUCGGUUUUGUUGUUGGUCCAAAAGGAAAUUUGAGUAAUAUAAAAAAAGAUAAAUCUUUGAGUCAAUGUUAUUCUGAUCUUCAUAUGUCAUUAAUCGAAGGACAGACAAAUAAUAAACCGAGUAAUAUGACGCAAGCGACUGUAGAUGAAACAAAAGAGAUAAAUUAUCUUCAACAAUUAAAUGCGGGUCUUAUUACAUUUCUUAGUAUUCGAACAAGUCUAAUGAAAUUAUAUGAACAAAUUUCCAGUGCAGUAAAACGUAAUGAACAUAAUGUUCGUUUAGAAAAUUAUCUUAGUGAAACAACAUCUAUUUCACAAAUUGAUAUGUCUUCAUUGAACAUUCCUGUACUUAAUCCAAUUCGUUAUUUAUUAAAACAUGAAAUUGAUUGUUUAUUAUUAUUGAUUCAAUCUUAUGUAUAUAUUUGUGACUAUCAAUAUAUGAAUGGUAUAUCGACAUUACAUCAUAUGCAUUGUAUAUUAAAAGAAUGGAAUGAUAAUAUUGAAAAUCAACAAAAUACAAAUCAUCGUUUUACAUUAUCAAAUUCAAGUCCAUUGAAUUUUUUUAAAUCACCAACAAAACCAGCAUUAUAUACAUUUUAUUUCAAAUUUCAUGAAUUACUUGUUGCAAAAUUUACACUUUAUUUUACCGAUACUCUAAUUGAAUAUGGCGGACAAGAUGCUAAAAUACCAAUGGGAAAAACGAAUCCAGAAUUUUCUGCACGUAUAGCACAAUUCUAUCGACGUUCAAAUGUCGAAUGGAUAACACUUAUUUUACAUACAACAAAACAACAAAUUAAUUCUAGUCAAACGAUACCAAUAACUGAGAGUAAUUCAAAUCAAUCAUUACCAUCUAUGAAUGAUGAUAGACCAUAUCAAAUUAUAUUUAGUUAUCCAAAUAAACCAAAUUCAACUGAUGAAAUCGUUCAACAAAUCAUAACAAAAGUUUCAAUUAAUCAUGAUAUGCUUAUUAGUGGUGAAAAAGUCUUCUAUAGUGGAGAUGCUAAUCAAUCAAAAACAUAUUUUCUUCAAAAUAUUGAUCCUCGCAUUACUCUUGUUCUCGUAUUCGCAUCACAUCGACAAGAACGUGAUACGACCAUAACCAAUUUUCUUAAUGAAUUGCUCGAUCUACUUCGUGGCUCCCGACAAUUAUUAUAUUUUAAAAAUGCGUCAAAAUAA